CUGGUGAUUCAUAUCUACUCAUUUAUUUGUUCAAUUUGGAUUCUAGGAGCCUCAUGGCGAACUGAUGACUGCACUUCAUGCGAAUGUACCACUGAGGCAAAAGUGAUCUGCUAUCGACAACAAUGCGAUGAGGACAUUGCAUGCAGUGGGAAGCCGCUAACGAUCAAAGGACGUUGCUGUCCCGUCUGCGAAGAUGCACUUUCGGCCGCAGUUUGCUCUUUUGAUGCAUCCGUCUAUAGUGUGGGCGAAGAAUGGCGUCAAGACACAUGUACAAAUUGUUCUUGUCAGCCAGGUGGUCGCACCGUAUGUCGCCAACUAGUGUGUCCACAGUGUGUUGAGCCUGUACCGAUAGAGGGGCAUUGUUGCCCACUUUGUAAAGGUAAAUUUUACCAGAGAAUAGCCUAUACAGACCAAGGCUGGGCAGCGUUCGAAGGAAGUGGCACCUCACUAGCUCCACCAGCGCCGCAUUCCAAUUCAUUACCAUGGAUCGGACUCUGUCUUAUGUCCCUAGCUAUCGUUGGACUCAUUGUUGUGCUGCUUAUUCUCUACAAGAGAAGUCGUGGCGAGACAAAGAGCCAGAAACAAUUGCGUCAGAAGAAUGCCAGCUGA